AUGGCGAUGGAUAAACGUAACGAGUUAUCCGAAGCCAUUCAAAGAGGAAUAGAGCCCCAGGGCUUAUCCGACAACUUACAAAGUCGAGCAGACGAACUCGUCAAAGCCGAGCCCGUCCCGCCAUGCCUACGAGCUAGGACGAUCCAUGUCAUAUCUGAAGGACCGGAGGUGUACAACGUGAACCACGCCACUAUUCAGGAAAACGCCCCCGUUGUAUGGGGCAACUCCGAGAGGGUCAAAUUAGAGUAUCCCGAAACCAAUGAAAUAACUAUCACCGACGAAGAACGAGAGGGAGUCUUGGUGCCACACCACGAUGCCCUCAUCAUCUCGCUUACUAUAGCAAACUGCCUGGUUAAACGAAUACCGGUGGAUAGCGGCAGCUCCAGUAAUAUCAUCUUCCAGACCGCAUACCAAGGUCUGGGGCUGGAGGAGAAAGCCCUAAUACGAAAAGCAAUCUCCCUUGUCAGAUUCAGCAGGGAGGUCAAGGAAACGACAGGGGAGGUUGUCCUCCCUGUCCAUGCUGAAGAGGUCAGCCUAUCUACUAGGCUCCUGGUAGUCAGCUGUCACUCCCCCUACAACGUGAUCUUGGGCCGAGCGUGGAUUCAUGGAAUGGGGGCAGCUCCCUCGACUCUCCAUCAGACGAUAAAAUUUCCCACUCCUUGGGGCGUUCAGGGGAUUCGAGGAGAUCAGGAGACUAACCACCGCUGCUACCAAGUCACUCUGAAGAAACAAAUCGAGGCCGCACCGCCCCCGCAAAUCAAGUCCCAAGUUUCGCACACAGAGGAACCAGAAGUCGAGGAUAUGGAUGACGUGCCACUAGUCGAAGGCAUUUCAACUCGUAACCUCAAGAUCGGCUCCAAGCUCCCCGAGGGAUUAAGAAGAAGGCUAGUAGAUUUUCUCAGGUCCAAUUCCGAUUGCUUCGCGUGGUCCCAUUCGGACAUGUCCGGGAUCGACCCCGAGAUCAUUAUGCAUCAGCUACAGGUGGAUCCCUCUCACCAGCCUACAAGACAGAAGCGAAGAAAGUUCGCUCCAGAAAGAGACAUUAUAAUCAACGAAGAGGUCAGGAACCUAUUAGAAGCAAAGUUCAUCCGAGAGGUGCAGUACCCAGAGUGGCUAGCCAAUGUGGCCGUGGUCAAGAAGAAGAACGGAAAAUGGCGGGUCUGCAUCGAUUUGACAGACCUCAACAAGUCCUGCCGAAAGGACCCUUUCCCUCUGCCGCACAUCGAUAAGCUUGUCGAUGCUACGGCUGGACACCAGCUAAUGAGCUUCAUGGAUGCUUUCUCCGGCUACAACCAAAUACUCAUGAAGCCUGAAGAUCAAGAGAAAACCUCCUUCAUGACGUCUCAGGGGAUCUACUGCUACAAGGUCAUGCCCUUCGGCCUGAAGAACGCAUAA